AUGUUCACUGUCGGCUGGUUUGUGCAUGUUUCCGCCGUGCAAUUCGCACAAAUUACAGUGCAGUCCAAGCCCGCUUUUCGGCACAUGCUCUUCCACAGCCAGUUCGGCAUAGAAAAGACCGUUGUUGGGCUUUCGCAUCACCCGCCGUGUCGGCAUUUCUACAUUGAACGUCCUAUAGUUCAAAAACUAUGGACAUUAGAAAAAAAGAACUUUCGAAUCCUCAGUCUUAAAGAAAGUGAGUGUAGUUUGUUCUUGAAAAAGCUACCACCGACUGAGAGAGAGAGAGAGAGAGAGAGAGAGAAGAUAAAGAUAACAGAAACUAGAAUAAUAAUACGACGACUUAUAAUGUAU